CUUCUGUGGCGCCGUAGCUUGGAGUCCGGAAGCAUCAUGGCUAUGGGGAAGCCAAAAUCUCUUUGCCAUAAACAAAUUGGAAUGCCUCAUCAUUAUCUGUUUUUGUAGACUUUGAGGAGUGAAGUAUUAAUCCUCUUCAUUAAUACUCAAAAAUGUCAGGCCAGAAGUCCGACAAGAGUGUGGACAUGUGGUCCUCCCUCCGCUGUCUAGGGUAUCUCUCCAGCUUCAACUUACUUGUAGCCGUGUGCCUGGGAAUGUACGUACGAUGGGAGCAGACCUCAGAGACCAUGAUUCUGGUCAUCUUCAUCUUGGGUUUGUUCGUUUCGGCCAUCGCCUGCAUCCUCUACUACUACUUCUCAAUGGAGUCUGCCAGUUUGAGUCUCUUCCACCUGUGGUUCGGCUUCCUCCAGGGUCUCCUGUGCUUCCUAAACAGCCCAUCUCUGGACAAUGACAUAAAAGAGCAGGCCACAAACUACCUGUUGCUUUCUAGUGUUUCAAUCCGGAUACUCUGGGCAUUAACAGAACGUCUGUGUGCUUAUCCUAAAUACAAACCAGUCGUCGUCACUUCGUCCGAGCUUUUAGAGCUCCUGGGAUUUGGGGUUGCCAGCAUCAGCUUGGUUUUUGAUAAAUCUUUAGCCAUGAUUGCUUUAACGAUUGCAUUAACCGCCCUCAUUGUAGACCUCCGCAUGAAGUCACCCUUGGCUCUCCCUAAUCUAGUGUGCUUUUCUGUGAUCGCCGCCGUUACUUUUUUCCAGUCCUUAAAAAUCCAAACAAACCCCUUCGCGCUCAGCUGCUACCUGGGACGGCUUAUCUGCGAGCCCCUUUUGGACGUCUACUUCAGCAGCUUGACUGCAACAGAGCGAUGGAAGCAGUUUCUCUCUGGCGGCCGCCUGUGGAGGAGAUUUUCUCUGUUUCCGCUGGCACUCAUCGAGCUGGCGUUCUUUGUGGUCUGUGCCUUUAAAUUAGGUAACCUGAAAGACUGGUAUCUGGUCAUCCCUGGCUUCUGCACUUUUGGCCUGUUGUGGAUCCUCUGCCACAUGGUUUUCCUCGUCACUCUGUGGUGUUUUCACACUAAGCUUAGUGAGUGUCAGAAAGUGUGGGCAGCGCAACGCUUACAAACGCUCAAUCUGGAUAGAAUCAUGGCCUCCAGGGGCAUGCGGCACUUCUGCCUCAUCUCCGAACGGCUCGUGCUCUUCUGCCUGAUGUCCACUAUUAUCCUUGGGGCGGUUUCGUGGCAGGUCGCUAAUGGACUCUUCAUGAGUGUGUUUUUAGUGGUCCUGCCACUGGAGUCUCUGGCUCAUGGACUCUUCCAUGAACUGGGCAACUGUUUGGGAGGCACCUGUGUUGGAUAUGCGGUGGUAAUUCCCACUUGCUACAGCAGUGCGGAUGGUCAACCAGUGCUGUUGCCUCCAGGACAAGUCCAGGAAUUGCACUCCACAUCUACUUUGAAUGCAGUGCAACGGCUCUUCUCCCAUCACCUUAUCCAGACGUUUGGGUGUGACUAUUCCACCAGUCUAAGCCUCGACACCCUGCUAGUCAAACUGCGCUCCUUUCUGGAGCUCUGCACCGCUGAAGGCCCGAGGCACGACACCUAUAUUUUAUACUACAGCGGACACACGCUUCCCAGCGGAGACUGGACUCUUGCAGGUGGCGAUUGCUUGCGCAUAAAGCAGGUCCUUGAUAUGUGGCGGGAACAGAAUUCCAGCUUUUCCUCUCGCCUUAUUCUGGUCCUGGACACUGAGAACUCUGCACCGUGGGUGAAGGCAGUGCGGAAAGUGGAAGGGAUGUAUGUGGCAGUGCAGGGAGCCAAAUUAAGCCCCGUCCAGGAUGCUGAAUCCCAGGAGCCCCCACGUUUGGGAGACUUCACCUCUGAGUGGGUGAAAUACAACUGCGAUCCUGAAAGCGGUAUUCAGUGGUCAGAGAGAGGAAGGGUCAUAUCGGCUAUAUAUGGAGUCUCCAAACCCUGGAGCGACUAUGCCCUUCAUCUGCCCACCGGGAGCGACGUGGCCAAGCACUGGAAAACACACUUCCCCAAAACCACAUAUCCGCUGGUGGCUGUAGCAAACUGGUGCUGCGGACUCAACCUCCUGUGGCUUUGCAGUGUGUGUUUACGCUGCGUCCGGAGACUUAAACUCUCAUGGUUUCCUCCCAGCAUACUGGACACGGGGCAAGGGAUUAAACUAGUCCGAUCAUAGGAGACCAACUGGUUUAGUUCCGUUAUAUGAUGUGUAUAUACAACACCAUUUAUAUUUUCUAUACAUUUUUUUGGGAUAUCGUUUACUGAGUUAAAUGUUUAACUCUGAAAUGUUUACUUUAAGUAGUCAACCCAAUCCUGCUCCAAGAGAUUGUUGUCUUGCUUUGUAUCAGUGUUUCCCAACCAUGCAGGCACACCAACAGUACAUAUUUUGAAUGUCUCCCUUAUCUGAACCAUUCAUUUCAGGGUUUGGACUCUCUUCUAAUAUUCUGAUGAGUUGAUUCAGGUGUGUUUGAUUAGGGCAAGGUUGAAAAUAUGUACUGUUGGUGUGCCUUCAGGAACAGGCUUGGGAAACACUGCUUUAGAUUGUACCUGAUUUUCUAUAAUCUCUAAAUGCCUUGGUUCUUAUGUUUAAUUUGAGUUAGGACUAAGUCUAAUUUGUUUGUCUAACUUUAGGAACAUGAUUGAACACUUUUGUCGUUGGAUGACUUCUUUUGUUUAUCUAUGUGCCCUAUAUACGCCAUAUAGCCACUUAUAAUCUCUGUGCUACUAAAGAAAAGCCUUUGCACAGUGUUAAGACUAUCAGUGCCAAGUGCCUUGCGUUAAUUUAUUAACUUUUAAGUGGGUUCUUUGUAUUCGGGUGACAUUUGUAUUGCAAUGUACUCUGGCAAAGUAAAAUAAGGACUCUAAUUGUACCUAUAGAAGGUUUUACUUGUUUUGUUUUAUACAAGUUGAUCUGCUUUACUUGUUAGUUCAUGAUCGCUGCAAAAGCCAUUGUUUCAUCCA